AUGGAUUCUAAGUAUGCUUCAGUUGGUAGAGAAAGGGACACGAAAAAUUCCUAUGAUAUAAAGGUUAAGAGAAUUAAAUUAAAUAUUGAUAAUAGUAAUUUAGUAACCAAGGAUAAUGAAAAGGUUAAUGGUAAAAUAAGUAAUGGUGUCGAUCAAAUUAAUAAAGCUAGUAAUUUUACAUCUCAAGAGAACAAUGACGUUGUGGAAGAAGAACGAAAGGCUUUGCCUGUUUAUAUGGUACGAGGAAGGCUUAUAGAAGAAAUUAAGAAACAUAGUACAAUGAUAUUGAUUGGUGAAACUGGAAGUGGCAAAACUACACAAGUUCCUCAACUGAUUCAUGAAUAUCUCUUAGGAAAUAAAUACUGCAUAGCUAUAACGCAACCUCGCAGAGUAGCUGCGAUUACCUUAGCUUUGCGAGUAGCAGAUGAAAUGAAAACUGAAAUUGGACUAACUGUGGGAUACUCUGUCAGGUUUGAAGAUGUUACAAGUCCCAGGACUAAAGUAAAAUAUUUAACUGAUGGUAUGCUACUUAGAGAGGCAGUGAAUGAUCCUCUUCUAAAGAAAUAUUCUGUUAUAAUACUGGAUGAAGCCCAUGAACGCACUGUUAAUACUGAUAUUCUUUUUGGUAUUGUAAAGCUAGCACAAAAGGAAAGAAAUGAACAAAAAUUAAAUUCUUUAAAGGUCAUUAUAAUGUCGGCAACAAUGGAUGUAGAUUCAUUUAGAAAAUUUUAUAAUAACUGUCCUGUGAUAUAUUUAGAAGGAAGGACUUAUCCAGUAACAAUUUACCAUUCAAAGAUGAAACACGAAGAUUAUCAAUAUGCAGCAGUCUGUACUAUCUUCCAGUUGCAUGCAACGGCACCAGCCAAUCAUGACUUCUUAGUAUUUCUAACUGGUCAAGAGGAAAUAGAAACUGUAAUGAGUAACAUAAAGCAGAUAGCAAAGGAGUCGACAGGACCCCCAAUAAAAGUUUGUCCGUUAUAUGCGGGACUGCCGGCCGCAAAGCAAUUACAAGUCUGGAAAAAAUUGCCGCCAGGCGUGAGGAAGAUUGUUCUAGCAACUAACAUAGCUGAAGCCUCCGUUACAAUACCACAGAUAAAAUACGUAAUCGAUACUGGUGUUGUAAAGGAAAGGACGUGGUGCACCAGGACGGGCGCGGAGCGGCUGGCGGUGCGCGCGUGCUCGCAGGCGGCGGGCUGGCAGCGCGCCGGCCGCGCGGGCCGCACCGCCGCCGGCGCCGCCUACCGCCUCUACACCGCCGACGACUUCCGCGCGCGCGCCCACCACAACGACCCCGAGAUUGUCAGAUGCCCCUUAUCUUCAACGAUGUUGAUGUUGAUCGCUACCGGAAUGGAUCCCAGUACGUUUCCUUUGAUAGACGCACCGCCAAGAGACUCCAUACAGGCUGCACUGCUUUUAUUAAAGGAAUUAGGUGCCAUAGACAAUGAGAACAAUCCUAAAUUAAGUAUUUUAGGGAAAAAAAUGACGGCCUUUCCAAUUGAUCCGAAAUAUUCCAAAAUACUUUUGUGUGCUCCAGAAUACAACUGCCUUGAAGAGGCCCUUAGUUUAGUGGCAGUAAUGUCCAGCGAAAAUGUGUUUCACACACCAUUACACAAAAGGGAAGAAGCAUUUAAAGUGAAACAAAAAUUUAUAUCGCCCCUCGGAGAUCAUAUCACACUUUUAAAUGUUUAUAAAGCGUUUUGCAAAGCUCCCCUGAAAAAGCAAUGGUGCAAAGAGAAUUAUAUAAACCAUAAGAAUUUGUCAUACGCAUAUGAAGUGAGACAACAACUGCUGUCCGUGUGCCAACGGUUGAACUUAGCCGUCACUAGUUGCGGGACAGUGUUGGAUCAGUUGCUGAAAUGUCUGCUAAGCGGUCUAUUCACUAACUGCGCAUGGGCCCGCUCGGGCGCGGGCGCCGGCGGCCGCUACGUGACGAGCGCGGGCGCGGCGGCCGCGCUGCACCCCGCCGGCGCGCUGCACGCCGCAAGGCCGCCGCCGCCCGCGGUCCUGUACACGGAGCUGCUACACACGAAACGGUCCUACCUCGUUACUGUAUCUGCUAUACAACCGCAGUGGCUUCACCAGGUCGCACCAGAAUAUGCCCGACGAUGUCGCGCCAAUCGG